AAAGCAGUGAGUUGCGACGAAGAACAAUGGCGUUUAUUUUUUAUUUUUAUUUUUUCACUAAAAUGCGAAAUUCAUUGGUUACCUUCACCAAAUAGUAGUGACUAGUGAGGACAAAAAGAUUCCGUUUGGGAAAAAGCUUGAGGAGUACGCAGAAAAAGCGAGUUUGUCUCUUUCUAACCUUUCCCUUUUGCCUUUUCAAACUCUCUGUGUUUCAUUUUUCUUUGUGAAUAGCGUGGAGUUAUCAGGAUUUGGCUUGGGAUAUAAGGAAUUGUGUUUCAUUUUAUAGUAUACAAAUUGAAAGUAUGACCACUUUUGAGGCUUGGGAUAUAAGGAAUUGUGACCAUAACGAGAAGGAAGGUAGUAAUGGUAUGGCGCUAUGUGCCUCAAAAACGAAGAAAUUAAACGGUCACGGAUAUAAACAGUGGCUGAAAUCCCAGGGGAUAAAAGCUAGGGGAUCAGAUCUUUCAAUUGAGAAAAGGAGUGAGCCGUCACAAAGUGAAGUAAAGGCUACAGAACCAAAUAGUCUCCACAAAGGUGAAAAUGCCACCACAGCUAACUCUGUUUCACACCCUCAAGAAGAAAGGUUGGAUUUUCUGCUGAGACGGGUUAAGGAUGCUGAUUAUGCAAAAGAAAGUAAUAUCACCAACAAUUUCACUCAAGCUAAGAACAAUUCGGAGGAGAACAGUGAGAAACAGGGAAGCCCAUGUAACAUGGAUAAAUCAGAGGUGAAAAAGGAACCUGAAAUUUGCAAUGCACAUAUAUCGAAGUCUACCAAACCUAAUAUUGUGGAGUACUGGGUUCCUGUCAGCUUCUCCGAGAGGCUAGAAACAGCUCCCAGAAAACGCAGGAAAGAGGAAGCAUCUGCUCAGACAAAACCAGCUCCCGGUAAACGCAGGAGAAAGGCUAGAAACACCUUUUACCAAUUCCCAACAAUAAUCAAGAGGAAGAUUAGGACUAAGCUUCAAAAUCGAGGUAAAGUGCAAAAGCUUUCAGCAGAAACUAUCAAAAGGAGAAAAGUAAGCUCAUGGGUCAACCUACAAAUUCCAGCGUUGGGCAGAGCCCCACCUAGUCAACACCAUUCUCUGCCACCUGCUGAUGAACGAAGAACAACACAAAAGGAUGGCCACCCUCAUGAUACUGCUAUAGUACCACAAUCGGUUUGUAAAGCACUCGAGAUGGAGCUUGAAGUACUGCAAAAGGAGAAAAAUGAUCUUUUGAAGCUACACGAAGAGAAAAAACUGCAAUCGAAGAUGGCAUGCGAGAAGGAGAUUGAAGAGAUACGUAAAAAAUAUGAUGUGCUUCUUCAGAAUGCCGAGGUGGCUUUACUGGAAGAGAAAGGAGUUCUUGAAGCCAAAUGCAAAAAAGUAGAAGCCCAUAAAUCUUUAGCUGAGGCAGUCAUGCAGACUGAUACUUUUGUUGGUCAAUCUAUUGCUGAAGUUACGUCAAACUAUUCGAUCGACGAGAUGUAUAAGCUAUUUGAUCAAUGGAGCAGAUCAAAGCCAGUGACAGGACCCAGCCAAGUUGUUAAAUCCUCUGAAGCUCAAGUCCCGAUUCAAGAAUCACUUCCUUCAAAACCAGAAGCUUUUCAAUCUCUUCCAAACCCAAUGGCCUCGUCAGAGAUAGCUAGCAGCCUGCCGAUUGAACAAUCUCUCGCUACAACUAAUUUUCAGGCAUCAUUAGUUGCUACUGGGCCCAAUCAGCCUUUACCAGGCCCGAGUUUGAUGGGUCCAUGCCCGAGUUUAACCCCAAUGUUGCAUAUUCCUCAGACUUUGGUGGGUGGUCAGGUUAGUCCGGCUCCACAUUUUAGGCAUAUGUGGCCUCCUCAGCCUAUUGUGCCACCUGGACUGCUGCCUUUUCCUUGUGAUGGAAUUUUUUUGCCCGUGAGCUUACUGCCGUUAACUUCUCAUGUCCCGGGUUUACAGUCGACAUUUUCGAGCUUUUGGGCAUCUUCGCCUUUUGACAGGUUGCCCUUGUGAGAAAGGAGAUGAUCAAGUGAAGCAAGUUUUAUUUAGUACUUAUGUAGCUAGAAAAAGGGAAAAAACAGAUGGAAAGAACAAACUGUGUUUUUGUGUCAACUGGACAUCUAGUAGAAAGCUUUGGAGUUAGAUGGUGAUUGAAUGUAGUUUGUGAAUAUUGAUGAUAUUAACAGAAUAUGGG